CUUUCCAUCCUUUCCUGAGCGAGCGACGGUCGAGAGAGAGAAUACCAUAGCUUCUUCGUCAAACUCGAAUAACACAAAAGCAAAGUUCCAUUUUUUCGACAAGAACGCCAAAAUUAAACGAAUCAAACCCUAAUAUAAGCAAUUUUUCAUGUAAUUUCUAAUUUCUUCUGCUAUCAGAUCUUGAAAACCCACCGUUAAGUAAAAGCCCUAAUUUUCCGGCUCCAAUAAUGGGGGAAUUAGGGCAGAAGACGGUGCCGUUUUCGGCUCUUGUGAGUCGAGCCGCCGACGAGUCUUUUGCUCUACUCAAAGAGCUUGUUGACAAAUCGAAGAGUGGCGAAGAGUCUGAUACCGACAAGAAGAUUAACUUGUUGAAGUAUAUUGUGAGAACUCAGCAACGCAUGCUGCGACUCAAUGUUCUUGCCAAGUGGUGCCAACAGGUUCCACUUAUAAAGUAUUGUCAGCAACUUGCAGAUACUCUAUCAAGUCAUGAUUCAAAUUUCAUCCAAACUGCAGACAUGCUGUUUUUCAUGCAUGAGGGGCUACAGCAAGCUCGUGCUCCUAUCUAUGAUGUUCCGUCAGCUAUUGAAGUUUUCCUGUCAGGAUCUUAUCAGCGGUUACCAAAAUGUAUAGAAGAUGUGGGUAUGCAAAGCAUAUUAACUGAAGAGCAGCAGAAGCCGGCUUUGAAAAAGCUGGACAUGCUUGUACGGGCUAAAUUGCUUGAAGUUACACUGCCAAAGGAAAUUUCUGAGGUGAAAGUUUCCAAAGGUACGGCACUACUUCGUGUAGAUGGAGAAUUUAAAGUACUAGUUACUCUUGGUUAUCGAGGACACCUUUCAAUGUGGAGGAUACUGCAUUUGGAGCUGCUUGUUGGUGAGAGAAGUGGAUGUGUGAAGUUGGAAGAAUCACGACGGCAUGCUCUGGGAGAUGAUUUAGAGCGCAGAAUGUCUGCAUCGGAAAAUCCAUUCAUGACAUUGUACUCAGUUCUCCAUGAGCUUUGUGUUGCACUUGUUAUGGACACUGUCAUAAGGCAAGUGCAAGCACUUCGACUGGGGAGAUGGAAGGAUGCAAUUCGGUUUGACCGCAUAUCUGAUGGAGUGAGUGGAAGUUCUGCACAACCGAACCAAGAUGGUGAAGUUGAUUCUGGCAGUCUACGAACUCCGGGGUUAAAAUUAGUAUAUUGGCUAGAAUUGGAUAAAAACUCAAGUUCUUCUGACUCAGGAUCAUGUCCAUUCAUAAAAAUCGAACCUGGACCAGAUCUGCAAAUAAAAUGCCUCCAUAGUACAUUUGUUAUAGAUCCAUUAACCGGAAAGGAGGCAGAAUUUGCACUUGAACAAAGUUGCAUAGAUGUGGAAAAUUUACUGUUGAGAGCUAUUUCUUGUAAUAGAUAUACUCGUUUGCUUGAAAUUCAGAAGGAAUUGGGUAAGAAUAUUCAGAUCUGUCGAGCUGCAGGUGAUGUUGUUCUUCAAUCUUACAUGGAUGAACCUGAUAUUGACAAUAGAAAGAAAGAUAACAAGUCAGACUCUAGGGAAUAUGAGGGACUGGAAGUAUUAUGUGUUCGUGCCUAUGGCUCAGCAUUCUUUACACUUGGAAUUAAUAUAAGGAAUGGCCGGUUUCUUCUCCAAUCAUCCCAUGAUAUUCUAGCACCUUCAGCACUAUCAGAUUGUGAAGAAGCAUUAAAUCAGGGGAGUAUGUCUGCGGCUGAAAUUUUUAUGAGCUUGAGAAGCAAAAGUAUUUUGCAUUUGUUUGCUGCUAUUGGCAGGUUUUUAGGCCUUGAGGUUUAUCAAAAUGGUUUUACAGCAGUGAAAGUGCCAAAGAACCUUUCAAAUAGUUCAACCAUAUUGCUGAUGGGGUUUCCUGACUGUGGGAGUUCUUAUUUUCUGCUCAUGGAACUAGAUAAGGAUUUCAAACCUAUGUUUAAAUUGCUGGAGACUCAACCAGAUCAAUCGGUGAAAGGUCAUUCUUUUAAUGACUUAAGUCAUGUGAUGCGCAUCAAGAAAAUUGACAUCAGUCAGAUGCAGAUGCUUGAAGAUGAACUCAAUUUGAGCAUACUUGACAGGACAAAAUUACUUUCGUUUCUGCCUGGUGCAGAGGGUCCCAAUCAGACCUCUGAACAUGGUCUUCUUUCUGAAUUCAAUCUUGACAGUUCUAUUCAGAUUGCCGGAUGUCCUCCAUCAAGUUUUUCAUCUGUUGUUGAUGAAGUUUUUGAAUAUGAGAAAGGGCCAUCUGCGCCUUCUUACCCUGUUCAGAGUCUCUCUUCAUCAUUUGCUACAUCUUCUGCUUCUCAUUUUGGUUCUUUGCCUAUGAAUAUUCAUGGUGUAAAGCCUGGAACUCCCUCUCCAAAGUGGGAGGCAGGUAUGCAGAUUUCACAUCUUAAUAAUGCUGUAAAAGUUCCAAUUGGGGCUGCCAAUUAUAAUGGUUCUUUAUAUUCGUCAAGCAAUGUGAAGGGCCCUGUACAAUCUAGUUCUUUCGGUUCACUAUCCUCUGGUUUAGGAAGAAGUGCAGCUGUAAAGAAACUUUCAGCAUCAAAAUCUGAUCAGGAUUUGGCUUCUCUAAGAUCUCCACAUUCGCUUGAGGUGGGCAGUGUGGAGGAAGAUUUAGUAUCUGGGAAUAGGUCAUCUCGACUUCUAUCUCCUCCAAGGUCAGCUUCUAUGCGUGUCUCUGCACCAAUUGUGAAAUCAAAUGGACCCCGAAGCUCACCUACUGGGCCCCUCACCGGAUCUGUCAGAGUUGCUGGCUCGAGCUCCUUAGUUUCAACUCCCAUAUCCCAGGCAGCAGAUAUUGCAAUUUCCCAGAGCUCUUCCCAUGAUGUUGCCUCAAAACUUGAUAAAAAUCCACGAAAGCAUACUGUUUCUGAUAUGAUGGGUUUGAUUCCAUCACUCCAAGGCAUAGAAGUCUCUACAGGAUUUAACAAUAAGAAAAGGAAAAUAUCAGAAUCAGCUAAUUCUCAGCAGCCUUCAUCUGAGACACUUUUAUCGACUGAAAUGGUUUCUAAGGUGGAAGGAUACAGUUAUGGGAAUCUUGUUGCUGAAGCAAAUAAAGGAAAUGCAACUUCAAGUAUUUAUGUUUCUACUCUUCUCCAUGUGGUUAGGCAUUGUUCGCUAUGUAUUAAGCAUGCCAGACUAACGAGCCAGAUGGUGGCAUUGGAAAUUCCUUAUGUUGAAGAAGUGGGUCUAAGAAAUGCAUCCUCUAAUAUAUGGUUCCGGCUUCCAUUUGCCCGAGGUGAUACAUGGCGACACAUAUGCUUGCGACUUGGCAGGCCUGGAAGCAUGUAUUGGGAUGUCAAAAUAAAUGAUCAGCACUUCAGGGAUUUGUGGGAACUUCAGAAGGGAAGCAAUAGUACCCCAUGGGGCUCUGGUGUUCGAAUUGCCAAUACGUCUGAUGUAGAUUCUCACAUUCGUUAUGAUCCAGAAGGUGUUGUUCUAAGUUAUCAGUCUGUUGAGGCUGAUAGUAUCAAGAAGUUAGUUGCAGAUAUUCGAAGGCUUGCGGAUGCUCGGAUGUUUGCCAUUGGGAUGAGGAAACUGCUAGGAGUAAAAGCAGAUGAGAAACCAGAAGAGAGCAACUCGAACUUUGAUGCUAAAGCAACAGUAGCAGGCAAAGCUGCUGUUGAGGCAGCUGAUAGGUUAUCGGAACAAAUGAGGAGGGCAUUUAGAAUUGAGGCUGUUGGACUAAUGAGUUUGUGGUUUAGCUUUGGUUCAGGGGUCCUAGCUCGCUUCGUUGUUGAGUGGGAAUCAGGUAAAGAAGGUUGCACCAUGCAUGUUACUCCUGACCAACUUUGGCCUCAUACCAAGUUUUUAGAAGAUUUCAUAAAUGGAGCUGAAGUUGCAUCGCUUCUGGACUGCAUUCGCCUCACUGCAGGACCUUUGCAUGCCCUUGCUGCUGCAACUCGUCCUGCACGUGCUGGUGCCAUUCCUGGGGCCCCUGGAGUAGCUGCAGCUGUUUCUACCAUCCCAAAACAGACGGGUUAUAUAUCAUCACAAGGACUUCUUCCAACCAGUUCAACAAAUGUUAGUCAGGCUGCUUCUGCCCCCACAGGAAACCUGGUUGGAGCUAGUGUUACAGGCUCUCUAGGGAACCAUAAUCUUCAUAGUGCUGCAAUGUUAGCUGCUGCAGGGCGAGGUGGUCCUGGCAUUGUUCCAAGCUCACUGUUGCCAAUCGAUGUUUCUGUUGUAUUACGGGGCCCAUAUUGGAUACGAAUAAUAUAUCGCAAACAUUUUGCUGUUGACAUGCGAUGCUUUGCCGGAGAUCAGGUCUGGUUGCAGCCUGCAACACCGCCCAAGGGAGGGCCCUCAGUUGGAGGGUCAUUACCAUGUCCACAAUUUAGGCCUUUCAUCAUGGAGCAUGUUGCCCAGGAGCUGAAUGGAUUAGAUUCAAAUUUUACUGGUGGUCAACAGACAGUUGGAAUGCCGAAUUCCACCCCAGGUUCGGGCUCACAGCUGUCAAGUGCAAAUGUAAAUAGAGUUAACAUUCCUGGUUCUGCAAUGCCCAUGACAGUAAAGCACGUGGCUGGUUUGAACCGUGUUGGUAAUCCUAUUCCAGGAUCAUCAAAUUUGGCUGUUGUAAGUUCUGGUUUGCCUAUACGUAGAUCUCCUGGUGCUAGUGUCCCUGCCCAUGUUAGAGGAGAACUGAAUACAGCUAUUAUAGGUCUUGGUGAUGAUGGAGGUUAUGGAGGUGGAUGGGUUCCUCUUGUUGCUCUUAAGAAGGUGUUAAGAGGCAUUCUUAAAUACCUUGGAGUGCUUUGGCUAUUUGCACAGUUGCCUGAUCUUUUGAAAGAUAUCCUGGGAUCCAUUUUGAAGGACAAUGAAGGUGCACUUUUGAAUUUGGACCAGGAACAGCCUGCAUUACGUUUCUUUGUGGGGGGCUAUGUAUUCGCUGUUAGUGUCCACAGAGUUCAACUUCUUCUCCAAGUCCUUAGUGUAAAGCGUUUCCAUCAGCAGCAACAACAGCAGCAGCAGCAAAAUGCCAACACUGCUCAAGAGGAACUAACUCAGUCCGAAAUAGGAGAGAUAUGUGAUUACUUCAGUCGUCGUGUUGCAUCAGAGCCCUAUGAUGCUUCUCGUGUAGCAUCAUUCAUUACUCUUCUCACCUUGCCUAUAUCAGUUCUUAGAGAAUUCUUAAAAUUAAUAGCGUGGAAAAAAGGAUUAGCACAGGCACAAGGUGGUGAAAUCGCUCCCUCACAAAAACCCCGUAUCGAACUAUGCCUUGAAAGUCAUAGUGGGAUCACUGUGGAUGGCAAUUCUGACAAUUCAUCUGCUUCCAAAAGCAAUAUUCACUAUGAUAGGCCACAUAACUCUGUUGAUUUUGCACUGACUGUUGUUCUCGAUCCUGCUCACAUACCUCAUAUAAAUGCUGCUGGUGGUGCUGCUUGGUUGCCCUACUGUGUCUCUGUGAGGCUGAGAUAUUCAUUUGGCGAAAAUCCUACUGUUUCCUUUCUUGGUAUGGAAGGAAGCCAUGGAGGACGAGCUUGCUGGUUGCGGGUUGAUGAAUGGGAGAAAUGUAAACAGAGGGUGGCUCGAACCGUGGAAGUUAGUGGAGCUUCAUCUGUAGACCUUACCCAAGGCAGGCUAAGAGUAGUUGCAGACAGUGUACAAAGGACAUUGCAUGUGUGCCUUCAAGGUUUAAGGGAGGUUGCUGUGGCUGCUGCAAGCUCUGUGGCAACAUGAUGAACUGGUUCCCUGCAUGCUGCAUGCAGUUUUGACUACGGGAAUCAUGUUUUAUGUGCAGAUUUAUCAGAGAUUAUAAAUUCAAAAAUUUUGUUGCAGAAGGAACCUUCAGUGCCCUGGUGGAAUAUGACCUCUUUCAGAUAAAGUUGGGACAAUAAACUUGCAAUGUCCUCACGAAAAGGUUGACAGGUGAUUUGGAUCCUUUUUACUUCAUUGUAUCUUUACUGAUCUAAUUUUCUAAUAAGUAGGUGUAUUGCAUGAGAUUUUGAAGAUAAAAGGAUUUUUCUGCCGUGGCUUUCCUUGUACAGAUUUCUCUGAAUGGAGGCAGACUUUGUAUAAAAUUUUUAUGUUUCUGGAAGUGUUGUAUACCACAAAAUGGACAUUUGCAAGAUGCCCACGAUUGUCUUUAGAAGCUAUCCUAGGUUUACUUUUGUAAUUACAACUUUGUAGUCCUGGCUUUUGCAGGUUCAUUUGUUUUGGUAGUAAGUUUUUACUGUGGGUUUUAGUA